AUGAGUGGAAAAUUUGUAAGAGCAUCAAAAUAUCGUCAUGUUUAUGGACAACCUUCAAAAAAGGAAUUAUGUUACGAAAAUUUAAAAAUAACUAAAAAUGCAUGGGAUUCAAAUAUUAUUCAAACUAAUGGUAAAUACAUUUCAGUUAAUUGGGAUGCAUCAGGUGGAGGAGCAUUUGCAAUUAUACCAAUUGAAGAAGUUGGAAAAGCUCCAGAUACUGUUUCAUUAUUUAGAGGUCAUAAAGGACCUGUUUUAGACACUGCUUUUAAUCCAUUUAAUGAACAAGAAGUUGCUAGUUGUUCUGAUGAUGGUAAAAUCUUAAUUUGGACUAUACCUGAUGAUUAUUCAUUUCAUAGCUACUUAAAUGAAGAAGAUGAAGUUAAAGAUAUAACAGAACCAACCAAGAUUUUGGAAGGACAUUCAAAAAAAGUUGGAUUAAUUAGUUAUCAUCCAUGUGCUGAAAAUGUUUUAGCUUCAAGCUCAUUAGAUUAUUCAGUUAAAAUUUGGAAUACUAAGACUGGUAAAGAUGAAAUAUCUUUAAAACAUAAAGAUUUAGUUACUUCUUUUGCUUUUAAUUAUAAUGGUUCAUUAUUAGCCACCACUUCAAGAGAUAAAAAAUUAAGAGUUUGGGAUGUAAGAAAAGGUGAAAUCAUUUCAGAAGGUUCAGGUCAUACAGGAGCAAAACCUUCAAGAGUUUCUUGGUUGGGUAAUACUGAUAGAAUAAUUACAACUGGGUUCUCUAGGUUGUCUGAUCGUCAAGUUGGUAUAUGGGAUAUAAAUAAUAUUGAAAAAGGUCCAAUUGAUGGCUUCUUGGUGGUUGAUGCUUCAUCUGGAGUAUUAAUUCCAUAUUUUGAUGAAGAUACUUCAAUUUUAUAUAUUGCUGGAAAAGGUGAUGGUAAUAUUAGAUAUUAUGAAUAUGAAAAUGAUUUAUUAUAUGAAUUAUCACAAUAUGCAUCAACUGAUCCACAAAGAGGUUUUGCAGUAACCCCCAAAAAUAAAGUUAAUGUAAAAGAAAAUGAAGUUGUUAAAAGUUUUAAAACUGUUUUAGAUAAUUCAAUUGAACCCAUAAGCUUUUUUGUUCCAAGAAGAUCUGAAUUAUUUCAAAGUGAUAUAUAUCCUGAUUGUCCAUCAUCUGAACCUGCUUUAAGUGCUGAUGAAUGGUUUGAAGGAAAAGAAGUAAAUGGACCAAUUUUAAUGACUAUGGAAUCAUUAUUUGAAGGUAAAAAACCAGAAUUAAAAAAUAGUAAACCAGUGACUAAAGUAUCUGAAGCUAAAGAAAAAGAUCAAAAAGAAAAACAAGAAGCUAAACAGAAGGAAAAGACUGAAAUAUCAAAGUCAACUAAGACAGAAGCAACCAAAAAGCCAGAACCAGUAAAAGAAGAACCAAAAAAUGUAGAUGAUGUAUUAAAAUCAUCUAAUGAAAUUGGUAAUUUGUUGAAUAAAGUAGUAGAUCAAUCAGAUGAUGAAGAUGAUCAAAUUGAUUUAGAUGAUAAAGAAGAAGAUUGGGAAGAAGUUAAAAAAUCUGAUAUAAAAUCAGUUUCAUCUUCAGAGAGUAAAAAAGAUGAACCAAAACUGGAAGAAUCAAAAAAGACAAAAGAUGAGCCAAAAUUAGAAGAACCAAAAAAGGAAAAGGUUGAACUGAAAAAAGAUGAUCCAAUAAAGAAAACUGAACCAAAAACAGUUGAAUCUAAAGAACAAAAACCAAAAGAAAAAGAUACACCAACGGAGAUCUCAGAACCAGUACAAAUUGAACAAAUAAGUAAAGAAGCAAUAAAACCAUUAGACUCCAAGACCCAAUCUACCAGUAAAGAAGAAUCAUCACCAUCAACUAAUACAUCAACAACCACUAAACCAACAUUAGGUUCAACAAUUGAAAAAUUAUCAAAUCUUGUUAUAAAAUUAGAAUCACAAGUUACAAAAUUAACAGAAUCAGGAUUAGAAAAAGAUGAAAGAUUAAAAUCAUUAGAAGAAAAAAUUGAAAAAUUACUUAAUAGAUCUUAA